AUGUGGCUGUCCCUGGCGGUCGUUGUGGGCCUGUACUACCUCCUGCGCUGGUACCGGGAGAGGCAGGUGGUGAGCCACCUGCGGGACAAGUUCGUCUUCAUCACGGGCUGUGACUCGGGCUUCGGGAACCUGCUGGCCAGGCAGCUGGACCUGCGAGGCUUGAGGGUGCUGGCUGCGUGUCUGACGGAGCAGGGCGCCGAGGAGCUGAGGAACCAGACGUCCGACAGACUGGAGACGGUGAUCCUGGACGUCACCAAGACGGAGAGCAUCGCUGCGGCCGCCGAGUGGGUGAAGGAGCGUGUGGGGGACAGAGGACUCUGGGGUCUGGUGAAUAACGCCGGCAUUUGCACACCCAUGGCUCCCAAUGAGUGGCUGCACAUAGAGGACUUCGAGAGGAUGCUAGACGUGAACCUGUUGGGGGCGAUCGAGGUGACCCUGCGUCUGCUGCCCCCAGUGCGGAAGGCGAGGGGCCGUCUGGUCAACGUCUGCAGCGUCACUGAUGGCCCAUCCCAGAUGGAGGAAGGGAAUGGACUUGGGAGGCACUGACUCUUGAGAGUGGCUCCGGCUGACACUCUGCAGGUGUAACCAGGGGGCGAAGGUCAGCGUGCAGCUCACAGGAAACCCAAGCGUGCUGCCCUGGAACCUGGUGGAGCGGC